AUGUAUGCAUUCUUAGUGGAAUUGAAACCUUUUCACUUCACCUUGAUUAAGAUAAGAUUAACUGCACGGUUCACCUGCCCUAUGCAGAAUGACGUCUGUGCCGUUGCGCCACGCUUGCCCCUCUGCCCCUCUGCCCCUCGGAUUUGGUAUGAGGGGCAUUCUAAUUUCCAAUUUUGGAAGGUUGUCCUAUCCCUCGGGUUCAAAAAUAUUCGCGCAGUACUAGCUUAUGCACCUAGCCGCUUUGACAAGCCCUAG